AACACAAGUGUUGCUUCUGCAUCUGCUCUCCCAUUUCCAAACCAGGAUGGAAGCCAUUGCUCGGACAGUGUUACAAAAAUUGAGCUCUUUCGCCCAAGAGGAGUUUGGAGUCAUUUGGAACCUCCAAGAUGAUGUACAACGAAUGAGGAGCACUGUGUCUGCAAUAAAAGCUGUACUCCUGGAUGCAGAAGCAAAGACUAACAACCUUCAAAUCAGUAAUUGGUUGGAGGAGUUGAAAGAUGUACUUUAUGACGCAGAUGACUUGCUAGACGAUCUCUCUACUGAAGCUUUGAAAAGAAAAUUGAUGGUUGGUAACAGCAUCUUGAGAGAGGUACAGAUUUUCUUCUCCUUCUCAAACCAAAUUGUCUAUGGUCUUAAAUUGGGUCAUGGAAUGAAAGCAAUCCAGAAGAGGCUAGAAGACAUUGCUAAAAUUAAGAUCACACUGCAGUUGACUGAUCGCCCUUUGGAGACUCCAAUUGCAUAUAGGGAGCAGAGACAAACUUACUCUUUUGUGAGUAAAGAUGAAGUCAUCGGGAGAGAGGAGGAAAAGGAAUUUCUUAAAAGUUAUUUACUAGACACCAAUGAGACAGUCAAUGUUUCUGUAGUUCCCAUAAUUGGGAUUGGAGGACUAGGGAAGACUACACUUGCUCAACUUGUUUAUAAUGAUAAUGCUGUCCAACGCUAUUUUCAGCAAACAAUGUGGGUGUGUGUCUCAGAGGAAUUUGACAUAAGGAAAAUAGCUCAAAAGAUGAUUGGGAGUGACAAGGAUAGUGAGAUUGAGCAAGUACAGCAAGAUCUCAGAAACAAAAUUCGAAGGAAGAAGUAUCUACUUGUGCUGGAUGACGUGUGGAAUGAGGAUCGUGAAUUGUGGCUUAAGUUGAUGAGUCUACUCAUGGAAGGAGGUAAAGGGAGUAUCAUAAUUGUAACAACACGGAGUAGGACCGUUGCAAAAAUAAUGGGCACACUUCCACCUUUUUUCUUAAAAGGCCUGGAUUUGGAAAGAUCUUGGAAGCUAUUCUCUCGAGUGGCUUUUGAUGGGGGUGAAGAACCAAAUGAUAGGGAGUUGUUAGCCAUUGGAAGGGGAAUUGUUAAAAGAUGUGCCGGGGUUCCCCUUGCCAUAAGAACUAUUGGCAGCCUCUUGUAUUCUCGUAACUUGGGCCAAAGUGAUUGGUUAUAUUUUAAGGAAGUUGAGUUUUCAAAGAUAGAUCAACAGAAGGACAAAAUCUUUGCAAUCCUGAAACUGAGUUAUGACCAUCUUCCUUCAUUUUUGAAAAACUGUUUUGCUUAUUGUUCAUUGUUUCCAAAAGGUUUUAAGUUUGACAAGAAGACACUUAUUCAGUUAUGGGUAGCUGAGGGGUUCAUUCAACCAUCAAAUGACAAUAGAUGUGAAGAAGAUGUUGGUCAUGAGUACUUCAUGAAUUUGCUGUCAAUGUCACUUUUCCAAGAUGUAACUAUAGAUGAUUAUGGUGACGUAAGUACUUGUAAAAUGCAUGACCUGAUACAUGAUCUAGCACAGCUAGUGGUUGGGAAAGAAUAUGCUAUGGUUGAAGGAAAAAAAGGAAACAUCGGAAACAGAAUACGUUAUUUGUCAUCUCGUACAUUAUCACAUUUUGCACAGACACCAUCAUCUUCCCACAAAUUAAGGACAUUUAUUAUUCUUGGCCAGCAACUUUAUGGAAGCAAAUGUUUGGAUCUGUUACAUUUUCAUUUUUUUUUAAGCCUAAAGUGUUUACGGGUGUUAACACUUUGUGGGUUGGAUAUUGUAACAAUUCCAACGAGUAUUAAAGAGUUGAAGCAUUUGAGAUAUCUUGAUCUUUCAAAGAAUCAUUUUCUUUUAAAUCUUCCACCAGAUGUUUCUAGCCUACAUAACUUGCAAACUCUAAAGCUUUCCCAAUGUUUUAGACUCAAAGAGUUACCAUCACAUAUGAACAAAAGUCUUAGGCAUCUUGAAUUGAAUGAAUGUGAGAGGAUGACAUGUAUGCCAUGCGGGUUCGGACAACUGACCAAUCUUCAGACACUAACACAUUUUUUAGUUGACAAUAGAGAAGGAUUUGAAAUGAAACAUAUGCCAAAUGGGUGGGAAGAGUCGGGCAAUCCUCGAACACAAACACAUUUUUUAUUGGACCAUACAGAGGGAUCAGAAAUAAUGUGUAUGCCAUGUGGGUUGAGACAUUUGACCUGUCUUCAAACACUACCACAUUUUUUAUUGGACUGUAAAAGUAUAAGUGGUGGUAUAAGGGAAUUGAGCGGGCUAAACAGCCUUAGAGGGAAAUUGGAAAUUAAAUGGUUGGAUUCCCUGCGAUAUUAUGCUGAAGAGGUCGAGUCUGCAAAGGUACUUCUUGAUAAGCAACAUCUUCAAGAACUGGAAUUACGUUGGUGGAAUGAUGAGAAUGAGGUUAGAAAUCUACCAUUAUCGAAGUCUGAAUUAAUGUUUUUGGAGUUUCCUAGUGCAGACAGAAGAAAGUUCAAUCAAGAAUUUUGCGGUUGUGGGGAAGAUGAGAAUAUUUUAGAAGGCCUCCAGCCACAUGACUCAAUUAAAAAACUAGUAAUAGAUGGAUAUUGUGGCCGAAGGUUACCAGACUGGAUAGGGAAUCUCUCAUCACUCUUGAGUCUUGAAAUCAACAAUUGCAAUGCUUUGAUAUCACUACCAGAAGGAUUUCGUAACCUCAUAUCUUUAAAGCGGCUUCGCAUAUAUAACUGCUCACUGUUAGAAAUAAGAUGUGCAAGAACAAAUGGUGAAGACUGGCCAAAAAUUGCUCACAUCCCGAAAGUUUUGAUCCCUCCCUUUACACCAUCUUUAUUCAGAUGGCGGCAACCAUUUAUAUUUUUGUCAAUCACCAUUUUCUUGCAAUGCCUCGGUGAUUGGGAUUGCUUGAGUCGAGCUACGGUGACGGCACCACCAUCAGCGCCUCCACUUUCGACAAAUACACGGAGCUUGUUAAUGGCUUCAACGACCUAUAAUUCGCCUCCUACUCUAAUGAUGCCAAAGGAAGAUCUCAAUCCUUUGUCAGAUACACCGAGAACGAUAACGGUGUAGAACAAUCCUUCUAUGACCCUUUCUGUUCCUCUGAAUCUUCAUGGUUCAACUCACUCUAGCAUUUGUUUCCUUCAAAAGUCACCAAAAGUUUCAUCUUUUUAUUCCUUUUCCUCUCAUUCUCUAAUAAAUUGCGCAUCUUUUGCAUACCCACAUGCAGAUUUUGUUGCUAUGAAUUUUUUAUUUUGGUUUUUUUAUGUCCUAGGGUACCGCACGUGGUGAUUUUAUAGAGUUUUCUUUUCUGCAUCUUAACAAGAGAAAGAAAUAUUUUUG